AACACACGCUAUCGCGGACAAACAACACAAUAUUGGCAAUACCUUGGCUUGAUUGUGCUUUCAAAAUAUACAUCUGUUGUUUAUUUCUUUACCUUGCACUUUUGAAGGACUGCUGUUCUUCUGAAUCCAUGUCACAAGUCGAAAAUUUUACUUCUUUAAAUCUCAGAGAGCUUUGUGGAUGAAGUAAAUACAUUAUUAUAAAAUCUAUUUAACUGUUAAUAAUAGAUUGUUUUCAUCCCAAUAAGUAGAAUUUUCAGUUUUACAAGAUCUUUAUCGUGGAUACUAAUUGAAACUUCCGAAUAAAAACUUAUUUUUUAUGUAAAAAAAGUAAUUUUGAAAAUAAAAAGCUGCUAGAGAUAAUUCAGUUUGAAUUCCGCGGUUGAGUGAAGUGCUGCUAACGGUGGAUGAAUAUGGAACCAAGAUUGGUAUUUGGUCGUUUUCAUUCAGACAGAAACAGAACAGUUUCAAAUUUUCCCCACACAGAGUAGGAGACUUUUUGAGGCUAUUUAAAAUUUUCAACUUUAUUUAAACAAAAUUCUUAUUAUUGCCAAUUGCCCAAAAAUGUCUCUAGCCAGUGUACAGAUGAACAGCGGCCUGUCCCACAGAAGCCAGAGUUUCGGCAGUGUAGGAUCGCUGGACGAUCUACACGGCUCAUGCGGCUACAGUGCGGCCUCAGAACAUGUCAUCUCCAUUGAAGAACUCCGCAUUCAGCUCAAUUCCUGUUUUACUUGUGGCGUGAACUGGCAAGACCAUCACGUGUCCCUGGACUGUUCGGAGUGCGGUGGUUACUCUCUGGAGAGACCGUGUCCCGUCUGCGACGGCCAGUGCAACACCCUCUGGAAACGGGACCUCACCAUGUCUCACGCGUGUGGAAAAGCCAGAUGGGAAGGCCAGUGCCAGCUUCUGCUGAAGCCGAUCUCCACCAAGGAUGAGUCACAUCUGUGCAAAAGACUCGAAAAACUGGCAGCCAGCUCGUGAUCAACAUCACUAAUCAAUGAGAAUGAGCUCGGCUCGUGGAAAUCAACUGGUUUCCGACGUCAUCAGAGGAUCGGCGCAGAGGGAUGUGAAUUUCCUAAACCAGUUGGAACCGGAUGCUAGUUUUUCCGUUGGGCUCGGCUCAGUAUUGUGCAUUAAUUAUUGGCUUCUGUGAAGUUGACAUUACCUUAUCAUCUGUGAAUUUCCCGUCAUCAUUGUAAAAACGUCCAUUGCAUUUCGCCGAACAUCUAUUUAUAAAUAUUUGAGUGUGUUUUUGUAAAGCAGUAGUUUGUAAGGUUGAACUUGUUUAAACUUAAAAUAAUUGCUAACGUAAUUUAAAUAAAUGACAUUUUUUGACAUCUUUAAGGGUUUUGAAUCAUAAUUACGAGAUUAUAGAGUAGUGUUAUUGAAUAUCGCAGAUUGACUACAUGUGAAAGCCCAAUAACAUUACAAUAUGAUACACCGUAACGUCUUAUAAACCCCUUAUUUGUCAACAAAAUCUUCAAUUUUUUGACAUGUUUCGUGUUUGGAUCACAUCGUUACGAGAUAUAAUGAAGUGACGUCAUGGUUAUUGGAGUUUGUAUAAAUUUGACCAUCUCUAACAGCCAAUAACGUUGCAUUAUGAUACAUCAUAACAUUAUCUGCAACCCUCAUUGUCGACACUAUAACUGCAGUUAUUAAGAAAAGGAUGCAACCUGUAAUUUGAUAGUCCAAUCCCCGAAUAUUUAUAUCGUUCAAAUUUAAUAAAAUUCUAGUUUUAGGUUAAUGAAAAAAUUGGCUUCAAUUGGGAUCUCUUUAACUUGAAGGUUUUGGGAUCGCUUUGUUUUUUAAUAUGGACUAGCUGGUAUUGAUUUCUUACUCAAAUCAUGAGACUUGAACUUAAUAGGUAAAUAUAUCCAUUUUCGAUGACAAAUUUCAAAUUCACAAUAUUUUUUUCCUCUUAAAAAAUGAAUGUUUCAACAUUUUGUUUUGAGUUCUGUCGUUUUCCUUCCAAUCACUGUUUUGAUAUUGUUAUUGUAAAUUAAAUAAAAAUUAGAUAAGAAUUGUUUAAUAUUGAACCUAGAAUCUAGUGUUGCAUCCUUAGUAGAAAUAUAUUUUGUAAGUUGUCUAGUUUAAUUUUGAGUUUCCUGACAAUUUAUUUCAAAGCGUGUGAUGUUAUUUCUAUCAAACUUAACACUGAAGUUUAAUAAAUUCUUUCUGAUUCAACUAUGAACUUCUAGAAUGAACUAGUAGUCUAGUCAAAUCACAGUGUAGUUUCACACUCUAGUUACCAUAUUCAUGAAGUUUAUCAAUUUUAAUAAUUAAAACUCUGAUUGUAUCUUCAAAAAAUCUUUUUCUGUAAAUUUUGAAACUUUGUACUUCCAAUUAAGCAAUAAUGUGAGUUAUUUUGUUGAGGUUUACUAUGUUCCAUUACUUACCAAACUCUAUUUUGAAAAACCUCCAAGUAGUAAUUUAUUUAUGUAUGAGUGUGAGUGAUAUUUUUAUAUUUUGUUACUGAAUGAAAAUGUUUCGAGUCCUGCUGAUUGUCUUUAGAAAUGAGAUCUGUGACUAUAUCAUUUUCUUUAAUAAUAAAUACUUUUGUUUAAAAA